CCGGAUGACUCAUAAAUCUUCAUAAUGCUCGUUUGAAUAUCGAGCCUCUGGCAGCUCCGCGUUAAAUUAAACUAAUUAGAAUAUUACGCAUACGCCAGCAGUGCAAACACACAAAUUCGCUAAAACGACGAAGGUGUCACUGUGUCCUGUGUUUGUGCUUCUGGCCACCUGAAACCAGUCGAAACUGGUUGGCCAAUCGGCCAAGAGCCAUAAAUGUGGGCCGUAUAAAAAUGUAAAAUAAAAUGUCGCACACAUGAGAUAAAUAUCUUAUUGAAUGCAUAUUUGCCAGUGCUUAAAGUGCUAAUUUUAUGUGGGAAUUUGUGAAAAAAUAAUAAAACAAGUAAAAGUGUGUAGCUACAAUUUAGAAAACAAUUUAAAGCUCAUAAAAAUGUGUAUAUUUUUAUGGUGGUUACCGAAAUUGGUUUUGAAAAACAUGUGAAAAUGUGAAUUAUCCAAACGAAUCGGGUUCAAGUGGCUUUCUCCAAAAGAUUAUUUGAUUGAACUCUGAGUGAUAUGCUUAGACCAGCAGCGUAUUAACUUAACAUUUCAGUAUUUAGCUUGUUUAUCUCUCGAAAACCGGGCUCAUGUAUCUAUAUAAAUUAAAUAAAAUACAGGCCCAAAUAGCCAGGCAAACAAAAAGCGGUCGCCGAAAUUUAUUCAAAUGAAACCACAGUAACGACAAAUCAGAUAACAAAGGGAGCAGGCACACGCACCGCCACACAGAAAAAACAGACAAACACAACCCAUCCCGAGGGCGGUCAACAAUUAGGAAAACCCACAACAAGCCACCAGCCACAAGCACCGCCCAUCACCCACCUACAGCCACCUACAGCCACCUACAGCCACCUACAACCACCCACCGCCAUCAACAAGUCCACCCAAGCAGACGCAAUUGACCCACCGAACUCACGAUGAAUUUAAUGUUUCGCAAGAACUUCCGCGAGGGGGCCAGCAAGUCGGGCGGCGGCGGGGGAAAGCUGCAGUCGAAGGCCAACAGGACGAAGCGGUCCCGGGACAUGGGCCUCGCCCAGCAGCCGGAGGAGAUCCACUACAGGACCCACCUGUUCUUCUCGCCCAACCGACCCGGCUACGAUGUGGGCGAAGAACGAUGUAGCGCCCUGUCAGGCAUCCCGAGCACACCGCUGUCGAGCACCGCCCCCUCGCUGGCCCUGCCCGGCAACCUGCCCUACGAGCUGGACAUUCCGCAGCCGCUGGUCGACCGCCGGCCAUCCGUAUCCCUGAUGCGCUGGAGCAGCAGCAGCGGACCGGGUACGGAGAGCAACAACAACAGCGCUAGUAACAGUUUGAUCCGCCUGCAGCAGCAGCAGCAACUACAGCAGCAAUUGCAGCAGCAAAUGCAGCAGCAACUGCAACAGCAGCAGCAGCAGCAGCAGCGGCAGCAGCAGCAACACCUAUUGGCAACAGCAAAAGCAACAACAUUGGGGUACGCUGAUGCAACGGUGGCCACGGCAACAACAACAUUGCUAGCGGCCGCAGCUGCAGCCACGCGGCAAGUGAACUUUGGAGGUGGCACCAACUCGGGAGUCACACGAGCGGAACCCAUCUCGCUGGCCACCCUGGAUCGCGACUGCUUCAUCAUUCCCGUGCACAGCGUGGAUCGAUUCCUGCCAGCUGGCAUUCCGCUGCCCGCCUUGAAUGCCGAGGGCAAGGCCACAAGUCCCCUGAGCGUGCUGGAGGUGUCCGAUCCCAAGUUGUGCAUCCUGGUGCAUUUGAUGAGUCCCCUGGAGGCCAUCGAUCCGGUGAUGGAGUCGCCACUCUCGCAUCCUCUGCUCAAGCAGCGCUCCAUAGCCGCCGAGCUGGUGACUGAGGUGCAGCAGGCCAACACGGCCGUCGGCGGAAUGCUGCUAGCCAAUAUGGAAAAGAACUCCGAGUUCCCCUUCAUCUCGUACUACCUGAUCAAUACGCUGCAGACGGAUCCUUCCAGCUUUUAUGCUGGCCUGCGCGUUUCCUCGCUGUCCAAGUUUGAGCCCAAGGCCCUCAAAUACACUGCCGCCCACACUUUGGACCUGUACAGCGAGGUGGCCGCCAUUUGCCGUCCGCCGUUGGUGUUGCCCUCGAACGAGGCCGGCAGCUUCAAGAAGUCGCAGACCGCGGCCACCGGCUACAUUAUUAGCGUGUUCAAGGUUUUCGAGGGCGACGAUGGCGAGCGAUUCGAAAAGAAUUGGCUCUACUGGACAGGCGCUCGCAUGCUGUACAGAUACCUGCCACGUGCCGCGGGCCUGAGGCGCAUCGCCCUGCACAAGAGCACCUCGCAGAAGGGCGACAAGAUGUACCUGCUGGUCUGCGAGUGCGCCGACCUGCUGAAGGACAUCUCGCUGGCCGCCUUCCUGAUCCCGGCGCUGCGAGCCCGCCUCUGCGGCUACACGGGACUCUAUCGACCAAUCCAGGCCUUCUAGUCGCCGGAACUCCGUAUUUUUCUAUCUCCUGUACAUAGAAUGGAUCUAGAGCUAAACCUAGGGCUAGGGCUAAACUAAUGCAAAAAACAAACACUGCAAUGUGAAAGAAACUGCACCUGUUACGUGAUUCUAAUUCGAUAUUUACUAGGCCUUAACAAAUUUUUAAACUCUCUCCAGUCGAACUCAGCUAAGAUGAAAGCGCAUAGGAGGAAUGUGCUAGGUGACCCUCGAUUAGGCAUCUAACUUAAGUAGUAGACAAUAUUCUCAAGGUAACUCCAUAUCGUGUGCUAGAUUUUUUCUAUAAAUCAUAUAGAGGCAAGCCCAGUAAUAGGACCAUAUCUAGUGCGAGAAACUUCCAUUUUAGCCACAACCAGUAGAGAUUCAGUGGGAACUAUAUAUGUAUACCUAUAUAUCGUAGACGUAAACCCAGUAGCUAAUCACAAAAAAUAUAAACGCUGAAUUUUGCGCUGAAAUGUAGGCUAUGAAAUCUGCAAAACAAGAGUCAAUUCUUAGCAUAACAAGAAAAACAAAUAGAUUGUCAGACUGGGGGAAAGUGUGAAAUUAAAUGGGUUUCAUCGCAGAGGGAGGGGGGAUCUAGCUAACUUUGCCCAAAUCUAACAGAAAUCUGCCAAAGACAUAAGCAAAUCAAAUCUUAAUUUAAAUAUAACAAGUGUUUAAAACCUAAAAUGUAAUAAAACUAAGCAAAUGAGUAAGCCAAAUAAGAUUUUCAAUCAAAAAUUGACUAAUUAUUGCUUGGCUAUAGCUUGCCACUUACACUCUAGGAAAUAUACCGUACAUAAGAAUACACAUUUGUAACAAUUGUAAAUAGUUUAAAGAACUUUUAAGGCACUUGCUCCGAACACACAAAGACGGCCGGGUUCCUGGCUUUUAUUUGAGAAAUCUAUAAUUUUGCACAAUAACAACAGAAUCAAAAAGUGCUGUGAUAACUAAACUAAAGCAGAGCAGACUCACAAAAACAGUGUACAUGGAUUAACCCGGAUUAUCAGCCAGUCAAAGACAAUAUCAUUUUUAAUAUCAUUAUUUGCCAUUGAAAAUUCACACGUCUCUGGCUUAUUUUUUCCAAAAUUAAUCCAAUUAUUUAGAUAACCUAAAAACAAGCAACUUUCAAAUGCCUAAGCUAAGCCUAAAGCAUAAGGAAAUAUUAAUUACCAAAUGUUCGAAAUUUUUUGUCACAUCUUAAGCUGCAAGCUUGGUGCAAACAAACGUUUGGCGCGUUUAGCAUUAAUAAUAAAGCGUAAAAUUAAAAUAUAUUAAA